AUACGCCAGGAAGACACAGUGAAGCUCCACAGCGGGCCGGUCCGUAACUCCUACAUGGAUCAGAGUUUCCACGGCCUCAACCCCAUCCUCAACCUCCCAGUGCACCUGGGACAGGUGGAGGAGGCGGAGUUUAAAGCAUCACUGACAGGGGCGGAGCUCCAGAGCUGGGUGGACCAUCUCCUGGCAGGGGUGUGGUCUGCAGCGGACGUGUGUUCUCAGGGUCCUAGCUCCUGUCCCGUUAUGCAGCGGUGUCGGGAGACGGGAUGGAGCGCGCUCAGUCCCGACCCGAAGUCUGAUCUGGGUCCCCCCAGAGGGAACGGACGGAUUAGGUAGCACCGUCGCCACGGCUACUGCUACAGCCAACCAAUGGCUUGGAGGAUGAACUGACGGGAAACGUUUUAGUGUGGUGAGGUGGUAAAUUGCUCCUCCAUUUCCUGUUUACUGAGUGAACAAAACAUUAAGAACACCUGUUGUAUCCAUGACUGACCAGGUGAAUCCAGGUGAAAGAUAUGAUCCUUGUUGAUGUUACUUGUUAAAUC